AUUUUAUGGCCGAAACGAAGAGAGUUCGUCUGGAGUUGGACGGGGAGCGAGCAAGCGAGCGAGCUUAAACUGUGAGGGGAAAUGGGCUUCGUGGGCGUUGCAAGUUUAACAAGUAGCAGCCCCAGUCGAGUAUUUAUAGGAACAGACAAACCCUACCAUUCCAUCUCAGGCGUUGUUGCAAGAAGAACAGCGACUGCGAGGAUCAGAGCAGAGUCGAUGGCUACGGAAAAACUCGGAAUCAAGAUCGAGAAGAACCCUCCCGAGACAAGACUCACCGAACUCGGUGUCCGUAACUGGCCCAAGUGGGGAUGUCCUCCGAGCAAGUUUCCAUGGACAUACAGUGCAAAAGAGACGUGCUUUCUGCUGGAGGGAAAGGUGAAGGUGUACCCCGAUGGAUCAGAUGAGGGCGUGGAGAUCGGUGCGGGCGAUUUGGUCGUGUUCCCAAAAGGGAUGAGUUGCACUUGGGAUGUCUCCGUGGCAGUGGAUAAACACUACAAAUUCGAGUGACCGAUUCCAUCGAGUCAUCUGGGUUUUUGCUUGUAAGCAACGGGUGCGUUAUGAACUUAAUAUGAAUGCAUCGUCAUAUAUAUACGUAUGUGUGUUGUUGCUACUGCAGAAACCUGUUGAUGUAUUCAUAGGGUUCUUUCUUGAUCUUCUCUGUCUGUGAAAUGCUUCAACUUCAUGUCCGUAUGUUGAAAUAAUAUCUGUUUGUGGGAUGCUUUAGCAUA